AGACCAGCGGUGAUUGGGCGGUCUUGAGUCACGGGGUGCUCAGUCGUUUUGCCCUGCCUCAGUCGGUCGCUGAAUGUGAGCUUGCCUGCCAGCGUUAGCAGCGCGUCUAUCUGGAUCUUCUACACUCAACCCACAACAAUUACUGUUAAUUGCUGAAACCUUUUCUCUCUUUUGGAAAACAUAUUCUCAACAUGGGCGACAAGAAAAGCCCGUCGAGGCCAAAAAGACAAGCCAAGCCGACGGCAGACGACGGCUUUUGGGAUUGUAGCGUCUGCACCUUCAAGAACAGCGCUGAAGCUUUCAAAUGCAGCAUCUGCGACGUGAGGAAGGGCACAUCGACAAGGAAACCGCGUAUAAACUCCCAGCUGGUGGCACAGCAGGUGGCUCAGCAGUUUGCCCUCCCCCCUCCGGCCAAGAAGGAGCGGCGCGAGCGGCCCGAGCGAGGCGACAAGGAGCGGGGCGAGGGGGACCAUCCCGAGGAGCAUGAGCAGCAGGAGCGCGACGGAGACCAAGAGGAGGAGAGGGACAGGGAGAGAGAUGCAGAUGGAGAACGGCCUGACAUAACCCCUCCUCGCUCCACACAGCAGCCCGACGCAGAGCCCCUGGAGAAGGAGCACAAGGAGCCUGUCCACAAGGAGCCUGUCCACAAGGAGCCGAUCCACAAGGAGCCCGUCCACAAGGAGCCAAUCCACAAGGAGAAGAAAGACCGUGAGAAGGAGAAGGACGUCUCCAUCAGCCCCGUUAUCCCCGUCACCAAGAAGCCCAACAGCAAAAAGACCAGACCCAAGUCAGACAGCCAAAAGAGUCCACCAUGUGAUCGCAGCAGCAUACAGUCCGGAAAGUCCAAGACCAAGAGCGCCCACAUUAUUUCAAGGCCCAAGCUGAAGAACAUCGACCGCAGCACGGCGCAGCAGCUGGCCAUCACCGUGGGCAACGUGACGGUGAUCAUCACAGACUUCAAGGAGAAGACGCGCUCCUGCUCCACCUCCUCCUCCACCGUCACCUCCAGUGCCGGCUCAGAGCAGCAGCACCAGAGCUCCGGCUCCGAAAGCAUGGACAAGGGCUCCUCGCGCGCCUCCACCCCGAAAGGAGAGCUCUCGGUGGGCCACGACGAGUCGUUUUGAGCCCCCCCCCCCCCCCACCCUGGAAGUUUGCCCCAUUUUUUGCCCCCAAAUUUGACCCCAUUCCUCGUUCUCCUCCUCCUCCUCCACCACCUUGCCCCCCCAUCCUUCCUCCUCUCUCCAUCCCUCCCUGCACUCCCCUCCUCUUUUUUGUCCCCCCUCACUCCUCCUCACGCCAGCAGCCUCCACAGACUACAGAGGUUGGUCACCUGCAUCAGAACCCCAUUCUUUUUGUCCGAUACUCUUUGCAGUACAUGCACUCACACACACACUCAGAAGAACGUUCAUCUCCACAAUGUCCCAAAGGUGACCAGCCUCCUCCUGUACUGCUUUGAAGACAUUGAGGCAUUGUUGCCCCCCCAAUCCCCCCCCCCCUUUGCCUCAAGCUUACUUCAGAUGGAGAAUACACCUUUGCCUCCUCCUCUCACCGCUUCCCUCCUCCCGCCCUCCCUCCCCCUGCACCCUACUUCUUGCCCUAGACCCCCAAAGCUCAUCAUGUACUGGUUCACUUUAUAUCCCACCACCACCACCACCACCCCCUUCCCUUCCACUCUGCAGACUCAGAGGAAGUCAUCGGGUGCACUGAGCAGAGCUGUUAGCUGAAGCUGAGGAGAACGCUCUUUCCAGUGUUCAUGGAUUACCAGGAUACCAUCCUGCUCCUGUCCUCUUUUACCCCCACUAUCAAAAUAUGCACGUGCACACAAACGCGCGCGCACACACACACACACACACACACACACACACACACACACACACACACACACACACACACACACACACACACACACACACACACACUGUCUACUCUCUCCUCUCCACAUUCAAGAUCACGGAAGGAUGGAUGGAAGGCUCGGCGAUGCCAGUGAAUCUGAUGGCUUCUUUCAAAAAAAACUUGUAUGUAUUGUUUUAUAAUAUUGUAAGUGGAUGUUUGGCUGAAUCAAGACUCUUACAUUUUUAUUUGUUUGUUUGUUUGAUUGAUUUUUUCCCCCUCUUUUUUUGUAAAAGUAAUUGUAUCUGCUGUGCACAAUAACCACCGACCGACAUUUUAAUAACUAAGACUGCUCCCAAUUGUGUAAUCCUAUUUAUUAGCCCUCGCCACUUUGUGUUCUGGUAUUCCUAUUUUUGUUUUUUGUCUUAUUGCCUGUUUUUGCUUUUGAGAGCUUUGCUGUGUAGUGCAGCCGACUAGCCAUGUUACCCCCUCUCAUGUGUCUUGAGGACAAAAAAGGAAGAAAGAAAAAAAGAGCAAGAAGUCCCUGAUUAUUAUAUUUUAUUCUUGUCCCCACCGACACUGGUGCUAGAUAACACUGUGAAACAGUUUCAGCCUUGGGACUGCCUCUCACACACUCGAUAACGGGGAAUUGAACAGGGAGGAGGUUGAAAAGAAAAGAAACGAAAAUUGAGAUGUAAUUUUCCACCUCCACCAUUUUACAGAUUCUUCCUCUUCAGCUGUCUUUUUCCAGGUUAUUCCCUAAAGUGUUUUUCAAUCUAAAGAUGUCGUUGGCGGUGUGGAAACAACCAGAUGUAGCAGGCCCACAGACACACAAAAGCUGAUCUCAAAGCUGAGGUGUUUGUGGUGGGUGCUUGUGGUGGUCACGUCUUUACGGUGCUGGGUUGUUUGCCAGACUAUCCCAUGUGAUGCCCUCCAGGGUCUUUUGUUUGUUUGUUUGUUUGUUUGAUUGGUUGUUUGUUUGUUUGUAAAACUGGAGGUUCAAGGCAGAGGCUUACAACCAGAAACACUAAAGUGGGACUUGUUUAGAUUUGCACAGCUGGUCAUGUAUCUCUGCUUACAGUACAGUACCGUACGUCACAUAGGAGUGGUUGUGAAGCUUUCACAUGUGACUCUUGAGUCUGGCAACACCCUUACGCAAGCAUAUCUCCAUUUCGACGUUAGUAAACACAACAUGGAGUUGAAGAUUCUGUUGAAUGGGUUUCUCAGUGUUGUCUGGUCUUAGUGCAAAGGGGUCUUUGUUGCACUCUGCGAGAUUAGCUGCAGUUUUUUGUUUUAAAAUGAAAAUGAAGAAUUUUAUUUGGUUUUGACUGAACAACAUUGAAGAUGUCUCUGAAGGCAAUGCGGCUAGUAAUUCCACUGUAAAUAGGCAGUUCAUCAUGUUUUUUUACUUACAUGGCAGUAUCUGGAACUGAUAUGGUUCUACAGUUCACGUCUCAUGAAGGACUUCAUGUUUCAACAGCUGACUGCUGUUACAAGAGUAAUGUGUAGUCAGGCAAACCAAACGAAGCCAGCGUAAGAGACAAAACGAGCAGACUCCCUUUCGACUUGUAUUAAAACUGUACAAAGUAUAAAUGUGUAUAUGAUAUCUGAGUUUUAUUUAUUGAAGGACCAAAGCAAUUUGAUGAUAUGACUUGUUAGGUGAAUAACAAUUUGAAAAGGAAAGAAAAUAAGUGUAAUUAUCAUAUUAAAUACGAUUUUAAAUAAAGACGGUAAUAUAAUCCAUUUAAAAAAAUAGUGUAAUUCUUAUUGAACUUAUAUUGUGGGCUAUGUGUUGAAAAUGGUUAAAAAAAUAACCUCGCACACUAAAGACAGCAAAAAAAGAUCAGUGUAACACAGAAUGAACAUGGCCGUAUGCGUUGAGCUGCGGUUCCUAGCGAUGCGCACAGUAGGCGUUCGUUCUUCUCUGACACCCCACUACUCCCUUGCUUUGUGUCUGAGGACGUUCAGUGGUGCUAGUGACCCAGUGAGUUGGCAAUGCGCUGGGCAGAUUCUGAGCCCCUUUGACCCAAUAUCACCCCAACCUUCAAGUAUCUUUUCUUUGUUUUUUGUUCGAUUGAGCAAGUAAACUCAUCCCGAGAUAACAAUGUGUGGUCCUCUGACCUGAAAGGGAGACACCAUGGGCCCCGUUUCAAGGAGUCUUUUCCCUCCAAUCUCUUGCUUACUCUUUUGCAUUUAUUUUAUAACCCAGUUGUGUUCUGCUCACGUUUGUGCAGAGAGCAGUCGGGCAGACAGGAGAGGCACAUUUUUUGGCAGUAGCGCCAGCAGACGUGGUGAAUACCAAUUUGUGUCUUGGUGUGAGGGCAGGGCAGUCACCCAGACAGAGUUGAACAGCUUGAGCCAGUCACAUCUUCAGCUUCUGUUCUGUGAGGCUAUUUGUGUUUUUGACCGGAGUGAGGGAACACCCAAAAUGUUGAGAGUGAGAAAAAUGUUUUGAUUUUUGUUUUGUUCACUUUUGAAAUGAUAAUUUAUUUUCUUCACAGAAUCCCUAAACUAGUCCUCCUCCGAGAUGAUGUAGCUUAAAAAUCAAACUCAUUGACGAAGUAAUGUUUCCGAUAUGAGAGGGGGUCGUUAAGAAAGGUAUCCAUGGAAACAAAUGAGCCCCGCCCCCCACUCAAAUGCCACCAAAACAAAGAGAAUAUGCAAUAUGAGCAAGGAUAGGAUGGGACUCUUGAGGAAAACAUCGACUUGUGUUCAGAAGGGGCGGGGUUGAACACGGAUCUGAAAGACUGCGUUGGCUGGGAGAAUUGUUUUUAAACUCCCUCCUUUCUUGACUCUAACAAUUUAUUCCAUGUACAUUUUCUAUGACUUCUAUAUAUAGACUUCUUUUCACCUGCCUUACCCUGCUAACACCCAGCUUUUUCUCCUUUUUAUUUUGUAAAAUUGUAAAGAAAAAUGAAAACAAAAAAAAUAAAGUAAUUGUAUUUAAUUUAUUUGAAAAAUGGACAAUUUGCUGGAUGUGUAAACAUAGCUUGUAUGUGUAACUGAAAGAAAUGGUGCAGAAAGCCAGCAUACAGAAUGGCAACGGAGCUGAGCUUUUUUUUUUGUCCCUCCCCUCUUGUAACGCGCAAGCAGUUCUGUUCUUGUGUGCGACCAGUAACCUUAUUUUACUGUGUAAAGAUGGUUACAAUUUUUUAGCUUCAUUUUCUUUUCUUUUGUCCCGACCCAAAUAUAGAAUGCUUGUUUACUUAAUGGUAUAACAUUAAUCUUGUGGACUUCUCUGAUGUAAGUGUAAUAUACAGGCUUUUUAAUGUUCUCCUAAUACGAGGUCUUGUCGUGCAGUACGUUUAAUGUUUAUGUGGUAACACUUUACAAUAACGUCCUAUUCACAGCUUUAUAAACACUUUAUAACGAUUAACAUUUAACAAAGCAUUUACAAAUGUUUGUAAAUUAGUAAUAACCAAACAAUGACUGCACAGUGGAGUGGGAAUCAACUUCUACUCUGUGAGUUUUAUGUGGUUUCAUGCCUUCUGGUCUUUGGAGGAGAAACUUCCAGGACCGCUGCGACUGUGCUGUGUCUUCUGUGUCCGCAUAGUAUUUCUUGCCCAUUUAUAAACAUUUGUAAACAUUUUGUUGAUAAUUAGUUAAUUAUUUAUGAAGUGUUUAUAAAGCUGUGAAUAGGACAUUAUUGUAAAGUGUUACCUUUUAUGUUAAAUGAAAUGUGUAGGGUCCGGUAGCAUAUUAAUCAAUACUUUAUUUUACGAGUUACAAGUCAUUUUACAAGGUUUUUUUUUUUUUUAAUGUUUUUUGUUGUUUCACUUUUUUGUUUUGUUUUUUCCCCUCGCAGAGUGUUCUUGGUAAUUUAGUGAAAUGGUCCCAUUCAUUUCUUGACUGUGUAAAUGUAUUUGGGGAAUAUUAAUGGUCAACGGCGCUCUUUUGUCCUAGCUUAUCCAAUGUUGAGGUAAUACAUGUUUCCUGGCAUGUGCACGACUUUGCUCUUAGACGCUACCUUUUAUCAUUUUCUUUUCUCCGCUUCAAAUAGAAAUGUCUAUUUAUGAAUUUUGCUUGUAGUUUUUCACAAAUAAAAAAUGUUAAAUUUAUGUAACUCA